AAGAUUUGUUGUUUUAUCGCAAAUCGCUCGUGAGAAAAUAACAAAUCUCGUGUAAUUUAAACGCCGCACUUUAGCUGGUCCAGUCAAAGUUCACAGCUAAAGGGUAUUUUAGUUAGUCUGAAUUCGUUUGUUGUUGCAAAAAGAACACCAUAGAGUUUUCCACGGCACCAUUAUGUCGGAUAGUGAGCAAAGCGUGUAUGCCAAGCGCACGAAAACAAUUCAUUACGGAUCACUGGAAGAAUCCGAUCGCUGGCAUGUCGAACGGAAGGAUAAUGAAGUCGAUGUUUCGGCCAAGACGGACUACAGUCAGCUAACGACAGCGGAGUACAUGAACUUGGACGCAGAAGUCGCCAAAGACAGAGCUGCACUACUGGAGGAAUUUGAACGGCGAAAAAAGGCUCGGCUCAUUCAUGUCAGCACGGACGACGGCGAGGUAAAGAAUGCACUUCGGAAGCUGAACGAGCCCAUUUGCUACUUUGGCGAGGGUCCCGCCGACCGACGUAUGCGAUUAAAGGAUCUUCUCUCAGCGCUCGGCGAAAAGGGACUGCCUGCAUCGAAACCGGCCAAAGAGGAAGAAAAACCCAAAAGUCAGCAGAAGGAAACAAACGAGUCUACGUGGUACCACGAGGGACCGGAAAGUUUACGUGUAGCACGCUUCUGGAUCGCAAACUAUUCCCUUGCGAGGGCUAAGAAACGGUUGGAGGAUGCGAGCGAGAAAGUUCGACAGCAUUCAGCCACCAAGGCGGGACGAAUGGUUGAACUUCAAAAGCGCAUCCAGCAGCUUGCCCCACAGUGUAGUCAGGUGGGGGACACACGUCCAAUCACUGGAUGUCGCAUGAACGAAGAUUCGACGCUGCUGUUGACGUGUAGUUUGAGUUCCCUAUGUAAGGUUUGGUCGGUUCCUGAUUGCACCCUCAAGCAGACACUUCGUGGGCACAAAUGCAACGUAAGUGAUGUAGCCUUCCGGCCGGGUGUUGCCACCGAUAGUAACGCGGAAGUAGCGAUGGCUUCUUGUAGCUUCGACGGUUCUGUGAAGCUGUGGUCUCACGACAGCGAAGAGUCGAUCGCGGACAUUAACGGACAUGUGCCGCACCGCGUAGCCAAGCUGGCCUUUCAUCCGUCCGGACGGUUCCUCGGGACGGCCUGCUACGAUGCAUCCUGGAGACUGUGGGAUCUGCAGCAGAAGCAGGAGGUGCUUCACCAGGAAGGGCAUACCAAGGCGGUUCAUUGUAUAGCGUUCCAGGUAGACGGCAGUGUGUGUGUAACGGGAGGACUGGAUGGUUUUGGAAGAGUGUGGGACCUGCGGACUGGGCGUUGUAUCAUGUUUCUCGAAGGUCAUCUGAGUGCCAUCUAUGGUGUGGAUUUCUCCCCCAAUGGAUACCAUAUCGUAACAGGCAGCCAGGACAAUUCAUGCAAGAUUUGGGAUCUUCGAAGACGACAAAUGGUGUACACUAUACCAGCCCAUACGAAUCUUAUAUCGGACGUUAAAUAUCAGAAAAAUGGUGGUAAUUUUCUCGUUACUAGCAGUUACGACAAAACGGCGAAGAUUUGGUCCGACAAAACGUGGCAACCAUUAAAAACUCUCUCCGGACACGAUGGGCGGCUAGUUGGGGUGGAUAUUUCCCAUGAUUCACAGUACAUAGUGACGGCUUCAUACGAUCGUACAUUCAAGCUGUGGGCUUGGGAUUAGGCAACGUGAUGUGGUUCACUUUAAGAGCGAAAGUGCACAUACUUUUCAUCGUAAUAAAACACGUUGCUCUCCGCAAAACUGAG